AUGAUUGUUAUUCCCUUCCAAAAAAAUAUUCAAAAGAAUUCGGCAGCAUUUAAUAUGUGUAAAAUGGAAAGAAGAGCAAGUUUAUUUUUAACUCAAUCAAUCACUACUCAAUUAAACGAGUGA